UUGCACGGCUUCCCUCGAAUUCGACACGCGAUUGGCGCUGAACGUGUGUUCAGCGACGUAUGCGCACCAGUAAAAAAAAAUUGUAGUCUUCGAGUGUCUGGAAAAGUGGAAAAUCAAGAUGGCAGCUCUAAUGAACCGCGCGACGUGCACAUGGCCGAGAGAGCGAGGUUUCAGGUACAGUUUCAGAUAAUCAGCAGCUACAGAAAAUUAGCAAAAUGAAUUCUACUAUAUUGGAUAAUUUCAAUAAACUGAAAAGUGACAACAAUUCCGUGAGAUUAGAUGCCGGAGUCGCGUUGCUAAGUAAUCUAUGUCAAAACACAAAUCAAGAUGACAAUAAAGAAUUUGACUUUGCGCUUGUGAGACUAGUGCGUGGUUUAGGAGGUUCAAACCUGUUUGGAAGAAAAGGGUUUUAUAGUACUUUGACAAGUUUGUUAAUGUUACAUCCUGAAACUUCAGUGGAAAAACUUUUGUCCAUAAUGAAUACUCAAUUGCAUCCAGCUGGUGGAAAUUCAAAAAGUGAAAAUGCUGACAUAUAUGCAGGACGUAUACUGUUAUGUGGUGCACUUAUAAGAUCCAAGUUGCUUGCUCAAAGUUCGGUUGAAAUUCAACAACAAAUUGUAAAGAUUCUUUUAAAAGGUGGCAAGGAGCGCAGCUAUCUGUUGUUAAUCUCUGUUGUGUUUCUCAAUGAAUUUAUUGUUCAACUUGAUACCAAGUCUAUGAAAAAGGCAGUUUGGCCUUCCAUUAAAGAAGAAUUUAGCAAGCCAUGGUCUGAAUAUACUCUGGAUACAUUUUAUAUGCUUCUAGUUGUUAGAGACAAACAUCCAUCAUUAGUUAAUUGUGAGUUUUUGAAAGAGCACUUGGGCGUGGAGGAUAUUAUUGCUAAAGAGUCCAUGGAAGAAAUAGUUCAAUUUUUAAUGAGUCCACGUGGAAUUGUUUCUUAUCAUCAUCCGGUGUUUAAACUAUUCUGCGAAAAGUUACUGUCGACUAAAUUUGUAGCAGAUUUCUGGAAAAUCAUUGAUAACAAAUUUGUAAAACCAUCAGCAAAUGACGAGUGCGUUGCUACAGAAAUCGUACGACUGAUACUAUUGAAUGUUACAGAUAAAACUGUAAUUCCACUAUUAUUAUCUCCAAAUCUGCUACAACACAUGUUAAACAAGUUUUCUAGUUGUAAGAAGAAUAAUAACGAUAAAGUUUUAAUAGCAUUCAGAGAGAUUUUAAAUAUGGUUGCGUCCGCUACAAGCGACAAAGAUGUCAAGACAAAGACACAGCUGAGCAUUUUAAAAAAGCUCAUAUUGCAUCCAAGUGAUUUAAUGAUAGAAAAGAAGACAGGCACAAAAGUGAUUCAGAUAAUUACAGGAAACUUGAAACUAGAUGGUAUCAAAAAAUUGUGCGAAUUAUAUAGAGAUAUUAUAGAAAACAAGUUUUCAAAAGAUAAAGAAGAUACCAAAGCGAGAUUGUGGACAAAUGCUGAGCGAAGUUACGCAGCACAGUUAUUGACCAGAUUAAUGGGUCAUCGAGAGACACUUACGGAUCAUAAUUGGAGACUUGAACAGCUAAAAUUUUUGUUUAGCUACGGAUUGUGUGAAAUGCCAAAUGUUGGAAUUGAAUUAGCUUCUCAACUUAAGGACUCAUUUUAUCGUGCCUUGGAUCACAAGUUACCCAAAUUGAAUGAUACCCGAAAUCUGUUGAAUUUACUUGUUCAGGAUUUAAAUUCGAAGCUGCUUUCAAACGAGAUACAAUUGAGAUCGUCGUUAAACGAUGAAGCAGCCAAUGCUUGGAAACGAGUGAUAGAUAUGAUUGAAAAACUUAAAAAGAGUACGAAGAAUGCUGACGUCUUGUUUCAUACAAUGAACUUACACAUGGGUCUGCAGUUAUUCUCAGAUUUUGAAAUGGCAAUCAUGUCGAUUAACGAACUUCAAUGUUGUUACGAAAGAUCAAUUAAAAAGUCAAAGGGACGUAAGAAGCUGAAUAAUGCAACAGCAGAAGAAGAGGAACCGGAAUGGGUUGAAGUAGUAGUGGAUCUAUUGUUGUCUCUUUUGUCCAGAGACAAUCACUUGUUGCGCUCAAUAGUUCGCUGUGUGUUUCCACAUAUUUCUCCCUAUUUGACUCCAUCUGCUGUUUAUCAAAUAAUAGCUGUACUAGAUGUACAAAAUGAUCAGAAUCCACUUACUAUAAAACAAAAUAAUGAUAAAGAUUCGUCAAGCAUAGAAAGCGAAUCGGAUGAUGAUGAUGAUAAUGAUGAUGAUGAUGAAGAAGAAGAAGAAGAAGAAGAAGAAGAAGAAGAGCAAGAAGAAAGUACUUUAAACGGUGAAGUUUCGUCGGAAGUAAGUGAAUCCGAAUCUGAGAAUGAGGUAGAUGAAGACGACGGUGAUGAGAAUGAAGACGACACAAUAAAUGACAAAUUAAGAAUGGCAGUACGUCAAGCUUUAGGUGAUGCCGCAACACAAACCGAUGAUGAAGAUAUCGACGUCGAUCAAAUUGGAGAAGAAGAAGGCAAGCGACUGAACGAAUCGUUAGCGGCGGCUUUCAAAAUUUUACGAGAAAACAGAAAAGCACGUUCUAAAAAGCAAGGAAAGACGAAUCAAGCAUUAACACAUUUUAGAAUUCGCGUCAUAGAUUUGUUGGACAUUUAUUUGGAAACUUGUCCGUCUAUGGCUGUCACUCUGGAUUUGAUCGUACCGCUUUUCAAUUUACUUGAAUUUUGUAUAAAAGAUCCGCAUCAGAAACCGCUCGAACACAGAGUACGGAGUUGUUUGAAAAAAUUAUCAACCGUGAAAAAAUUCAAAGAUACAACAGGUGUGGAUGAUACCUUGAUAACAACGAUGUUAAAGCGUCUACUUGAGAAAGGAGAUCGUUCCGCUUUGGUGUGUCAAGAGAUAAGCGACAAAUUGGCAGAGUGUUGCACAUUUGUUGUGAGAUGUGCGCAACAAGCCAACUUAUCCACCGAAAAUAUUAUUGAAAUUUACGGCGAGAAUUUAACCGCGUUCUUUAAGAAACGAGAUUUUGUACUUUCGUCCGUAUUGUUUAAGAAUGUAUUGCAGUUGUGCUGGGAAGAUAAUUGGCGCUUGGCACCUCUAUUAGUGAACUUUGCUUUUGACAGCAGUAUUCGAUACUUCCGCAGAAAUGAAGCGCUUGAGCUGUUACUAAUUUUAUAUAAUAAUAAUCGACUACUGCAUAUGGAUUCUAACAAGUAUAUCGACCAGAGGAAAAAAUUAGAAAAAACGCUGUAUAAAAACACCAUAGACACGUUCAAAGAGUUAAGUUCGCAUGCAAGUGAUAACGGUCAACAAGUCGCUUCGUGCAACGGCACUGGUGUACAGAAAAAAGUUUUGCAGAAGUUUAUCGGUCAUCUUUUAAUAUUGUUGCGUGCUGUUCACACAAAUCAUUGGCCGGAAGCAUGGAAUUGGGAAGCCGUGAAAAUGGCAUUGACAACAUAUAAAAGUAGAAAUGUUCUUUCUAGAGACACGAAAAAUGCAUAUAAGAAGUUGGCAGUAAAAAUAGGUGCUCCAAUAAAUGUGCCGUUAAUCACUAACAAGACCGAGGUGAGUAACUCGAAUAAUAUUGAUCCGGAAAGUAACGGCAAACAGAAUAAUGUUACAUCUCAAAAUGGAAAAACAAGUGAUUUAGAAGAAGAAAAAGAAGAACAAAGUGCAAAUAAUAAAAUACAAAAGAAAAAAAACAAGAAUAAAAAAGAGACGCAAUUAUUGAAAAAAGAAGCGCGUGAAUUACGCGCGAAAACUAUGUCUGAGAAUUUAGAGCUGUUUAAAUUCAGUAAUGUCAAUUUGCCGGAAAAUGGAAAUAUGACGGACGUUUAUCAAAAUGGGAACUUACACAGUGAGUCUACGAAUACCGCAAAACCGCAAAAAAGAAGUCACGAUAAAACGGCAGAAGGAAAGCGAGAACCGAAAAAGAGAAAAAAGAGUCAUUAAUCGUGCUUUGUAGAAAAAAGUUACUAUUCUGCAAAGAAUAAUGAUGCGAAUAUACACGAAAAUCGAGAUAAAUGUUUAGAACACGCUCGACGAUUACAAAUUAUUUUUCAGGAGUGCCGAUUUUUCCAGAUUUUGUAACAUAUAGAAUAUUUUUAUACAUAAAAUCUCUCUACAUGCAACUAUAAGUGUUUUCCAUUUUAUAAAGCAUAGUAUAUAUAAAAAAUACUUUCUCUUUUACACUCCUAAUUAUCUGAUUAAUUGAACGAGUAAUGUGUAGAAUUAUACGUACUUGACUUGUAUAAUAAAAAAAACUGCGAAAGUUGUAAAAUAAAAUUAUUUUAAGAAAGAUUAUAUUAUUGCAAAAAUUCUCUCUGGAGAACUUAUUAAAUUCUCUCUGGAAACUUAUUAACUUUUCAAAUAAAUUUGUGUAUUUUAUAUUUCGGUACAAGUAAUGUGUCAAACGAGAGAUAACGAAAGAUAAUGAAGGCAUAUAUAUGUGCAUAUUUUGUUUUAGUUUAUUUGAGCUUCUAUAUAUGCGCGCGAUAAACUUGUGCACUAAUGAGUCAGUACACAAGUAAAAUUGUAUUCUAAACAUUUAUCAAAGUGAAUGUUUUAUUUUGAUAAAUUUAAAUGUUGUACAUCGGAGUUUACUUCGCUUAUUUUACGUCUUUCUUACGAACAGUUAUGUGCUCUUCACGGUCUCUUCUCGUCCUCCGACUAUCGAUAAUCGCACGUGACCGUGCAACGGAUAAAAAAAUGUAAUCUUACAGACGUGUGAAGUGGAUUUACGUAACUCGUGAAUCCGUCAAAGAGGAAAAGAAAGAGAAACAACCUUUAUCAUAUGUACAUGCAAGGUUGCACGACGUAAGAUAAGCAAACCUUCGUCGUAUUUUAUUCUUAUUAUGGAUGUUUCAAAAUUCACUGCCAGUACUAAAAAUGUAUAUAAUAUGCGUAUAUGAAUUAUAUGUAAAAAUUAUGAAUUUUUAAUGCUAGCAAUGAACUUUGGAAAACCUGUGCGUACAUUGAUAAACACAAUUAUGUAAUUUUUAACGCAAGGCAAAAAAAAUCACAAAAAUGUAAAAAUAAAAAUGUUAAGUAACUCGAAUAAUCUGUUGGAUGUUAAUUGAUUCACGUAUCUAUAUUGAGAAAUAUUAGGAAACUUUGCUUUAUCAUAUUAUGUGUAUAUAUUAGCGUAUAUAUUAUGUGUAUGUUACGUUUUAUUAUCAUGUAGUUGCAUAAUGACUUGUCUUAUCGCUAACAAAAAUGUGUUAGCAUUUGCAAAGUAGUUUAAUAAGAUUAUUCCUUUAUCUAUCGAAUAUUAUCAACUGCGCAGAUGUUUUUGCAGAAGAGAG